AUGUCUCUGCGUGGGCCCAUGCGGCGGUCCCACUUGCGGCAGGUGAGCGCCGCAAGCUUGGAGACCCUUUCAACGGCCCACUCAAUGGAAGCAUCGCAUCGCGACCACGGCCCCACGCCGGACGAACGCAUUGUCCGGAUGUCGACCAGCUUGGCCCGGCGGCAAUGCACACUAUGGGUUCACGACGAGAUGUUCUCUCGAGAGGAGCUCCUGCUCAAUCCCUCGGCAUUCGGCGAAAGUGGAAUUCAAGUUGGCGAUAUUGUGGAGAUCCUGCCUGUUCGCGCGACUGGUGACCCCAUCCAUUCCAGUUUGAAGCCGGAUUCCACUGUCAAGACAGCUCGCGACAGCCAUAACGAUCUGAACGCGGCAUCCAAAAGCGACAGCAGCUCCAAAUUCAAGACCCCGCUUCAAAGUCGAUGCUUGUUCGUGGUCAAGCCGUUACCACAAGACAUCAGAACGCGACAUCCCAAACUGGAGAUUUCAGUGACGAGCAGCGUCGCCAAUAUCUUUGGCUUUAAGAAUCGCACCCAAGUGCAUCUUUCAAUCGUCGAUCGGAAGAGUUGCGCCGCAUCUCAUGUGGAUAUCGCUUUUCGUGAUCAGUACAUGGUUCGUUCGGACAUGUGGCGAUUGGUUGAGUCGGAGCUCGUGGAUAAGAUUGUCUACAAGGGGCAAAAGAUCAUGUUCAUGGGCAGUAUCAAAGCGACCGUCAAGAACAUCUUCAUUCGAGAGAAGAAGGUCCUUUCUGGCCAUUUUGCGCCUAAUACCAUCCCCGUCUUUCGUAGCGAGUCGGCCAAGUAUGUCUUGUUCAUCCAAAUGUCUCGAGAGAUGUGGGACUUCGACUCUGAGGGAUCCGGGGAUAUUCUGUUCAGCCGAGUCAUCAAUGGCUUCUUACCAGAGCUCUUCAAACGAUGGGUCAACUCUGACGUCAAGCAUUUGGUCACUAUUGUGCUGUUCACACGCGUCGAGUACGAUGCGUCUGCCCAUCCUGGUUUGUCCAAACUCAACAGCGGGAACCUGAGAAAUAGUUCCGGUCCGAAUCAGGUCCCGACUCGAGACUUUUAUCGCGUUGUGGUGAAUGAUAUGGCAAGCGGUCACUGGACGACGAUCCUGGAUGAGCUGAAAAAGAACUUUCGAACAUUUCUCAGAGAUGUCUCUAUCUUGAAAACAGAUGACCUGGAGGUUGCUGCUGGAAGCGGUAUCAAGUUCUCGGCCAAGCCGCAUACCGCGACCAUCGCGGGGCGUCCCAGUUCAGCCCUGCGAGGUAAUAUUCUAGAGGCUAUCCAUCUUGCCUCCGCCCACCUGGCUUAUGAUCAUAUUGAUCGGGACAUGGUGCACACAGGUACAUCUAUCAUUGUCAUCACGCCCGGUAGUGGUGUAUUUGAAGUGUCCUAUGAUUCCCUUGCUUCCACGACGGAGGCCUUGGCAAAUCGCGGCAUAGCUAUUGAUCUAGUCUGUUUGAGCCCCAUGCCUCUUCACUCAGUCCCUCUCUUCAAAUAUCGAGAGCCGGUAGAAAGACAUUCCAGCUCCUUGCCCACAACAAGCGAGAUCCCCAGAAAUAAUAUGUCGCCGGAAAUUCACCAUUCCAUAUCCAGCUUGGUCAGCAGAUCGUCCUAUCUGUCGCCCGGAUCUUAUCUCUCCGCCACCCGUAUGCGAGAGCGAGGGAAUCUUCGAUCGAGGGACUGGAGCUAUGGAAUUCCUCAUUGGCUUGAUAUAUCAUACUGGAACCCUGAAACCUACCGAGAAGCUCGACGGAUACUGAAGAAUGACCCCAAUGCACCCAUUCCAUUCACAGUCACUCGGCCAUCCAAAGCGUUCACACCGCGUGUGCGCAUGUAUGAGAUUCAAAUGAUGGGAGUCAUGGAAAGCGAACAAUCAAACAUUUCCAUUCCAUAUCUCCUUGAAGGACGUGACAUGCACAGACGUCGUGGAUCCUGGGUCGGCACCACCAAUCCUGCUCGUGCUGCUCCAAGAGCGCGUUUCGCGAAUUCUUCGUCUCUGAAAAUCCAGUACAGUGACAGCCUGCGACCAGAACCAUCCUCAUUCCUGGAAAACAUUACUGAUCCAAGUGAGUUGCAGAUUAAAGGUCCGCAAAAAUCACGCAAAUCUGUUAUGGCUUGGAUGGAUCAGUAUGAUGACAAUGUUUUCUCGGCGACGCCAAAACGACGACAACCACCGAGGCCUAAAAGUAAGCGCCUCAGUGAGCCUGAGGUCCAAGUUGCCGGAGUACAUGAACGGAUCUCAGCGCGAUCUAUCUCGCGUCUACGCGAGCAUGAGUCGAAUGCGAAUGAGAACAAUCAAAUCACGCGAGCGAGUGGACCUCGAAGAAUUGAUGCAUCGUCUGUCACUACGCCCAAAAGUCCCGUCUCUACAAAAAGUCCAUCGCCCACCAAACCAGCAUUGAAGCCUCCGACAGCCAUAAGACCUCCGUCGAGAAUCUCACGAACAAUCAGCUUUGCUCUUCGUGGUCUCAGUGCCACCCCGCCAAGAGCCCAAGCCAGUACAGGCGUCCAUGUCGAGCAUGCUAGCGCGGGGCCCAUGUCCAACCAAAGAGGCCCUUCCAGCACCUUUUCUGAUACUAGAAGCAUUACGUCCCUGAGUCCUUCGGAGACUGCGUCGAUCCCAACCAUCGUCGAUGUAUCCUCACGACCAUCUACGCCUCCAAAGCUCCAUCAGGAGCCUCGUCCAACUCCCUCCAAGCCGAUUUCCAUCAAGCCACCGGUUAAGAAGCCUUCUGAAGUAACGGAACAGUCAGAUCGUGGAGCACCACAGGGCUCAUUGUCCACAUCGGCUGCCGAGGUUCAUUUCAACGAUGAAGUCCGCGAGGAAGGCCCAAUCCGGUCUCAGGAUCAUAGAAUUGAGAUCACUGUCAAUCACAGCUCUCAUGAUGGGUCGAUACGAGCCUCACCCAGCAAAGCCUUGUCUCCCUGGGUUCGAUCUGUCAAUCCAUGCAACACACCCAAGGACGUCCUUCGUGACACAAGCUGGUUUGGUCGUUGGCAACAUGCCUAUCCACGACCUCCGCACGUGGCUGUGGUUAAAUGGAAGAGCUUGAAGUCUCCAGCAGUGUUGCCGUUGACUACCGAGGAGUUUCCCACAGCGGCUGAACUUGCUUCCGACUACUUACAAACCCCUUAUCGUGUCUUCCCCAACGACGACACGGACGUUUUCGAGUCUCCAAAGACUCGCGGUGUUCUAUUGCGGGAGAUGAUUUCUCUUCGGCUUUCUCAUGGCUUCCAGAUUAUUGUUGGCAAGACCGUGGCUGAGGUAUCCGCGCGACCUGCUCUCGAGUCCUUGAAUGUGUUUGAUACACGAGGUCUUGAACGAGAUGGCGAGACAGUGUUCCUGUCCAAAGGAAAUGCAAUCCAUCGUCUUAUCUGCAUUGAUGGUGGGGAGAUUGAGGUGACACGCUUUACACAUCAAGCAGCCGCAACACUCGCUUUCCCGAAGCGAUCGAACUUCACGCUUUAUCAACCUGCCAUGAGAACUAUCUUGAGUCCAGAGUACGAGAUCAAAGACAUAAAGCUGGACCCGACCGCAGAGGAAUACAACUGGAACUAUGCGGACAAUUACGUGGCAGGUCACCGUGACUACCUCCACAAUCCGGCACAGCAGCUCCACUUUUGGCGGGUUCGCUACGUUUUGAUCCCAAUGCAUCUGCAUACCAAUUCCCGGCGUCACCUGCACUCUUUCAACGAAGACAACGAGGAAGAAAUUCACCUAAUUGGAAUCAGCCAGCUCACCCAUAUCUGGCAGCGGCACAAGUAUGUGUCACCCGAGGAGAAGCGAUUCGAAACUUCGACCAAGAAGACGGACGCGAAUCCACUCAAUAUCAUGUAUCAAACACGAAACCCGUCAGAGGUGGUCGCUGCAGAGCUUGAUCGACUGUUGCUUACGGAUCCUGGACUUGAUAACCCGCCCGCUCAGCUUCUACCUGAAUCGGAACUGCUAGAGCGGUCUAGCAUCAACUUGUCCAGCUUUGCACAAAUAAUCCAGGGCGACAAGGGCGUGCGAAUGAUGGACAGAAGGUGGCAUUGGCGGCUGCAUUAUAAUUGCUUCAUCGGCUUUGAAUUCACAACUUGGUUGCUACAGACCUUCCGCGAUAUCGACACCCGCGAAGAAGCAGUUGGUUUUGGCAAGGAGUUGAUGAAGCACGGUCUGUUCCAGCAUGUAGAGAAACGCCACAAUUUCCGCGAUGGAAACUAUUUCUACCAGAUUUCUGCCGAAUAUCGAGUGACCCGCCCGGAAUCUCGCGGUGGCUGGUUCCCUCAACUCCGAGCCGACAAGUCGAUGCCGUCGACACCUGCGAUUGGAAAUGUGAAGGACUCUCCGUCUAGUUUCCACACUCGUUCAGACAGCACCGAGGAUCGGGUACCGCAAACGCCAAAUACCCCGUCCAAGGUCAAGAACAAAGUUGCCAUCAUGCUGUCUAAAUCCCUCAAAUACGAUGUGGACAAUCGGAAACGAUCGAAUCGCCCAGAAGUCAUUGAUCUCCAUUAUGAUCGACUGCACAAUCCCGAGAAUUGCUUCCACAUUGAGCUCAGCUGGAUGAAUACGACCCCGAAGCUGAUCGAAGAUACUGUCCACUCUUGGGCUUCGACUGCUGAGAAAUUCGGUCUCAAGUUGGUUCAAGUGCCAAUCGCGGAAGGAUGCGCCAUUGACAGGACCCAACCCUUCCGCAAGCCAUUCGAGAUCAAGCUGAAAGUGCCUCCUCCCAAGGGCCCCGUUCACACCGUCUUCAAUAAUGCAUCAUUCGCGCAACCGGGGCCACCAGACAAUCUGUACUACCAGAAAGCCCUUCUGCGGAAAUUUGACUUUGUAUUGGAUUUUGAAGCAGGCACCGCGUUCCCUGCGGACGUGGAGGUCUCAUACUCCUGGGGCAAACCAGACUACAAAUACCCGCAGUUCAUCCAUCGGACGGGCAGUCUCAUCGCCCAGAUCACCAACGAGGGCCAUUACUUGCUGCUUGCGAAUCGACUCGUAAGCACGCGUAGCGUGGCUAGCCGAGAUGCAGGCCGUUACGAGAAUCACAAUCGGCAGGACUACCGCGGGCGCACCACGACGCACGACGUCCUAGAUCGCAUCUCACCACGCCUGUCGCCACUUACCCGACCUGUCCACGAUGUCGGUAGUCCUCUUCCACAGCCCGGAUCAAAGGAAAUUGACUCGGCAAAUCUCUACCGGGCCCCCGAGCACAUUCUCAACAGCAUGGUGGAGUUCUGCAACGACGCUGCGCAGUUAGAGCAAUUCUACAGCGAAUCCCAUGUCCGCCCGGUCUCAACCAAGGUCGAACCCACUACGGCACACCUCAUGGACGCAUCAAUUCCUUCCUUAGAGCUCCCCGCCAGCGUGGUCAGUCACCACAUCUCGCCUCCUCCCGGCUUGCCGUCUCGAGUGACCCGAGAGUCGCGGGAUACUCGGGACGGGCUGAUGUCGCCGGAGAUUGCGCGGGCCCGCGCUCGGGGCGAGAGUCUUAGCUACAAGAGUAGCCCGCGGAGUGGGAGUUUGCGUCCUUUGAUUUGA